AUCGAUUCGUACUUUUUCACAAAAUAUAAAAGACUCGAGUGCUCCAGACGACAUCAUCAGUUCACUGCGACAUUUCACUUUUGCGCUAUCGAGGCUCAAAGAUCACCUGCAUAAUGCUUAAAUCAAUAAUUUUCGCCGUUGCACUUGGAGUAGCUCUUGCACAAGCACCACUCCCACAGCAUUAUAGUACACCAGAGGCCACGGCUCAAAUCAAGAGCUUCGGCAGCGACAUUGCCCCAGAUGGAUCGUACCAGUAUGCUUUCGAGACAACCAACGGUAUCUCCCAACAAGAACAAGGAGUGGGUGGACAUCAUGCCCAAGGAGCCUCUUCGUACGUUUCACCCGAAGGUGUCCCAAUCCAAUUGACUUACACUGCUGAUGAGAAUGGAUUCCAUCCGCAAGGUGCCCAUAUUCCACCUGUACCAGAUUAUAUCUUGCGCGCUCUAGAGUGGAUCGCCGCUCACCCAUAUCAAGGCGAAGACUACAAUGUUAAGAAGCAUUAAGAUGCGAAAUCGAAUGAACUUCCACAAUGGAAAGGUGAUUUGUUGUUAACGUAUAGUAUUAUAUACGAUAUUUUGUUUCCAUA